CGCCCUCGCCGCCGCCGCCGCCGCCAGCAUGAUCAUCCCCGUGCGCUGCUUCACGUGCGGCAAGAUCGUCGGCAACAAGUGGGAGGCGUACCUGGGGCUGCUGCAGGCCGAGUACACCGAGGGGGAUGCCCUGGACGCGCUGGGCCUGAAGCGUUACUGCUGCCGCCGCAUGCUGCUGGCCCACGUAGACCUCAUCGAGAAACUGCUCAACUAUGCGCCGCUGGAGAAGUGACCCUCAUCCCCCAGCACACUCCGGGGGGAUUGCCCGGGACCCCGCCUGCCUCCCGGGGUGGAACCAGCAGUGAAGACCCUCCGCCCAGAGAUGGACACUUGGAAGCCUGCAUCUGCAGUUCCGCUGCGGCCCUGACCCCCCCUCCCCCACCCACCCCACCCAGCCUCCUUGCUCCACUAGAAACCCAC